GAGGAGCGGGUUCAAAAUGCGGAGGACGCCAUUACGGAGAUGAUAAAGUUACAAAUGAAGUUGGAGGAUAAGUUAAUAGACUUGGAGAGCCGUAGAAUGAGAGAGAAUGUGCGUAUUUAUGGUGUAACCGAGACGGCAGAGAAGGACUUUCCAACAAUGAGUGACUUUGUGGAGAAGCUGCUGCGUGAGGGUCUGGAGCUGUCCCAGGAGGAGGCAGACAUACGCAUAGAACGAGCACACCGCUCUCUGGCCCCACCACCACCAGAAGACGCACCCCCACGCUCUAUUGUUGUGAAAUUCCUCAGCUUUAGGACCAAAGAAUUUGUGCUCCGUAAGGCAUGGCAGAAAAGAGGAUUUACCUGGAAUGGUAAACAAAUAAAUUUGGAUCAUGACUAUCCCCCCCUCAUCCUGAAGAAACGAAGAGAAUAUGCAGAGGUGCGUAAGAUUUUGAAGGAGCAGAAGAUCCCUUUCCAGACUCUCUUUCCAGCCAGGCUGAGGGUGAACUACACUGACGAAACUAAAAUCUACAACACAGUGGAAGAAGCUACUGCGGAUAUGUCCAGUAGAGGCUAUGCAGUGAAUGUUGUCAAAUCACCAGAAACGGCACUGGAGCAACUGAAGCAGCUGACCUGGAGGAGAGUCAGAGGAGCAGAACGCAGAACAGCAAACAGGAGGCGGGAUCCUGGCUACAAGGAGAAACUCAGAGCCUUCAAGAGGACCUCGCCUUCACCUUCUGGAAAUUGAGAAGUGAUAUCGAGGAACUGGUGAUAUUUGUUGGAGAUGUGGCGGGGUGUGGAGCCAACCAUUUCCACAUUUUCUGGGACUGUCGAGUCAUUCAUCAGUAUUGGAUUAGGAUUCAUGAACAUAUACAGAAUGUGUUUGCACUUGUUUUUCCAUUUAAUUUUGAAACCUUGUACUUGAGUAACAUAACAGUAGAUAAACUGGACUCUAAAGACAAGAAACUGUUGUAUAUUUUACUGGCAGCAAGUAAAAAGGCUCUAACGAGGAGAUGGCUCAAACCUGAACCACCAACAAUUGAGGACUGGAUAAACGUGCACGAAAUUUACACAAUGGAAAAACUGUCUCUCUCUCAAAGUGCAGAGAGACGCUUUCUAUAGAAUCUGGUCAAAGUGGACGGAAUAUGUUAAACCAGUGAGAUCUGAUUUUUUUCUGAAAACUGCUACUUUGAUAAUGAGUGCUCAUGAAUGUAACUAUUUAUGUGGAUGUUGUAAAGAUGUUGCUGUAUUAUGGCUUCCCCGCCACCCGCACACGAACUUUUGGUUUGGUUAAAAAAAGUUAAAAAGGGUAAAGCAAAAAUAUUGUAUUGAAAGUAUUAUAAUUUUGUCAUUGAAGUGUAAAUUUUAUGUUGCUUUACGAUAAAAGUUCAAUUAAAAAAAAAAAUACAGGCUCCAUCUCAUCCGGCUCAUUCAUUGUUCACCCUUAUGCCCUCUGGGAGGAGCUAUAGGGUUUUAAAGGGGCAGACAACCAAACUGAUGAACAGUUUUUUCCCUUGGGCAAGAGGAGCCCUGAGUUCAUUGUAGUCCAUGUCUAUUG